UCUGUGUGCGCGCGCAUGUGUUGAUCAGGAAGCUCUGGGUCUGAGCUGCUUCGAAGCAUCUUGCGUUUCCUGAGGAGACCAAAUGGCCACUGUUCAGUUUCAUUACUUAGCAACCAUACAUAACUGAACUCGUAUAGGUUCUAUGUGCGAAAUAGAUCAGUAUAUUUCAAAUCAGACGUAUAUUGAUCAGUAUUUGGCGUAUAAUACAGGUUAUUCUUCCGUCGCGUGCGUGCAGCGCUUCAGCCAGUGAGCUCGCUUUAAUCACAUCAGACUAGCCCCUCAUAUACUGUGAAUAUAAAGAUGUCCAAGCCCCCAAAUUCUGCUUCUCGGUCCCGGUCCAGAUCCAGGUCUAGAUCGCGGUCCUACACACGAUCUCACUCCAGGAGUCGCUCCCGCUCAAGGUCCAGAAAGCGUCGCUACAGCUCUAGAUCAAGAUCCCGUUCACACAGCAGAGAGAGGAACUAUCCUUCCAGAGAUUUCCAGAACAAUCGUGGGUAUAACCGUGGUUUCCGUGGCUACCGGAGACCCUUUCAAUACCGGGGCAGAGGGCGUGGCUACUUCCCACGAGGUAACUAUCAUAGAGGUGGCAGCAACUAUGGUUACCGUUCCAACAACUGGCACGGCCAUAGAGACCACCAGCAGCAGCAGCAGCAGUACGACCACUCGUACAGCCCUAGGAGGGGGCGCUCGCGUUCCCACACACCACGGAAAAGAUCAGCAAGCCGGAGCCGCUCGCGCCAUUCCGAUAGAUCAUCCUCUGUGCAUUCCAGACAUUCCAGCUCUUCCUCCCGUUCCUCAUCCCCACGUCGACGCAACUCUACCGUUGGACGACUCCAUUCUAAAGAUCGCAAAGAAAGGGGUUCACCAAGUGAAAGCAAAGGAACCAGCAAGGAAUCUUCCAAGCCUACAGGAAGCACCCCAGAGGAACCCAGUAGCAAGUGGGAAGGCUUAACUAACUACGAUGCCAGCCCCAAACGCAAAGCUGCGUCUUCUGGUGGUCUGUCAGAGAUCAAAGUGUCCAUUUCCGGAGGUGCUGGCAAUGGUGGUCCACUGUGGCGAAGCAUCGGCCCUGCCAGUAAAAGUCCACUGGCAAAGACGUCAAGCUCAACUGACUUCGGGUCCUUCUCAAAGGAAGACUUGAAGACCGAAGACAAAUCAGCCUCCAUUUCGUCCGCUUUCAAAAAGUUUUUGGCAGAAAAGAAAAAGCCCUUAUCAGACAGGGAUAAUGGCAGGGGUGAGACUUUAAGCUUGGGCGACGCAGACAGCGAGAAGAGCGGCAGCAAGUUGAGAGCAGUUUUCAACGCGUCUGAUUCUGGCUAUGAUGGCUCAAAGACUGACAAAGGACUUCCAUUUCUGGAUGCAGAAGAAGAGGAGUAUCGCCAGGAAAUGAAAGACAGGAAGACUGAGGAAGAAUCCAAGUAUAAGGACAAACCUCUUGUCACAAUGCGUGACUUAACCGAAGAGCGUUUUGGGAAAUGGGAUGAAGAUGUUGAAGAGGAACUGGAUGAGGUACUUUAUCGAAGUCGGAAGCAUGUGUCUAGAAAAGAAGAAAAGGCCUCCAAGAAGAAAGAAAAGAAGAAGAGUAGGAUCAGUCCAUCCUCUCCAUCGCCAUCCAGAGUAUCAGAGAAUAGAGGCAGGCCACUGUUUCCAGCUGGAAGAGAGGCCUCACCCCCAGCUAAAUCCUCAGCGAAGAAAGACCCGCAGUUUAAUUUCAGUAUAAAGGCAUUCACUGAUGAUGGAGAAAGCUCAUCAGGUGCAUUAGCUAAAGAAAGACGUUUGUCACGGGAUCUUGUGCACCCUGGUAAAAAAGAUCAUGAGGGGUUUCAAUCGAUCUUCCAGCAUAUUCAGUCUGCUCAGCUUCGCAGAAGCCCUUCAGAGCUAUUUGCUCAACAUAUAGUCACCAUAGUACAUCAUAUUAAAGCUCAACAUUUCCAGUCAUCUGGGUUGACUCUGAGUGAGCGAUUUGGAAUAUACCAAAGAAAAGCUGCAGAGAUGGAAAAGAUGAAGCCGAGGAAAAGUCCUGAGAUCCACAGGCGAAUCGAUGUGUCUCCCAGUGCUUUUAAGAAGCACUCUCACCUGUUUGAGGAUUUCGAAGAGAGCGGCUACAAGGUGACAGAGAUACAAAGAAAUCUAGUUUGUUCCUCUGUGUCUCUGAUGUUUCCUCUUUAUCUGCUCUUCUCUUGUAUUUGUUACUUGCAGCCGAGAAUGAGAGGAAGAGGAUGGAACCGGGGAAACUACCCAGGCAACAACAACAACAACAACAACCCUCCCAAUAUGGGCGGCCCUUCACGGCCCCCGGAUGAGGAGUGGGACCCUGAAUACACCCCCAAGAGUCGGAAAUACUUCCAGCACGACGACCGGGACAAGGAAGGGGAGAUGAAGUGGGUGGACACUCGGGGACGCGGCAGAGGAAAUUACCCACGUGGCAGGGGCACCUUCUUGGUUCGCAAGAGCGGCGGCAGCCCCAAGUGGACCCACGACAUGUUCCAGGGCAAUGCUGAAGAGGGAGAAAUUGAAGAGGGAGGCGCAGAGCACAAAGAUGACGACAAGUCUGGGGAAAACACAGCUUCCAAGCCAUAGACCAAUUCGUAUCCAUUUGUGUCUGUUCUUCUCUACUGUCUCUAACUCUGUGAGAGCCCUGGUGAAAAAUGCAUCUUUAUGUGUUCAGAUGUUGGACUGCAGAACCCCAAAUGGUAGAGCCAUGUCAUUUAUAGCAACAAACCAUCUGCUAUUAUUUUUCAGUUUUUUUCUUUUCUUUCAUUUUUGGGGGUUGUGGGGGGUGAUUGAAAAUAUAAAUUCUGCCAUUUGGUGGCUAAAAUUAAUUGAUUUUCAUUUAAAAAGUGCAAUAAAUCUGUGCACUUGUGCCUUAGAUUUAACUGUAGUUUUAUGAUUCCUUUUUUACUUUUAAUUUUCCCAGUAGAUUUCCCCUUUUCUGUUUGGACGUGCAUGUAAAUUCAUUUAUACAUGCUGCAAUCUUUUAUAUUUCUUCUCUUUUGGUGUAUGGUUCAGUCUCAUUGGCGCAUAUCCCUUGUGGACCAAUACACUGUGUACUGGGCCGAUUUUCUCCAGAAAAUUGUCUGUUAAAAAUGUAAAGAUUCAUUCUUCCUAACCAAUUGGCUCUCGGCUAUAUUUAACAUCCGAUUUAGUUAAUUUUCUUCCCUUAAAUUAUGCCACUGACUAAAAAAAAUUGUCCACUUACUUUGUGAAGUGUAAUUUAAAAGGUUUUUUUUCCUGUUUUGAGCAACAACAAAAAAUUGUCAUAAGUUUUAGAUUGUCAUUCAUCCGAUUUUAAAGUGUAGAUAAUAAUAGAACAUGCAAGACGAAGCUUAUGAUGCAUUUAUUGCAUUGUUGUGUUAAACUAUCAAACAAAUUGUAAAAUAGUUCAUGCUGCAUGUUUAGAUCAUGUGGUUUUUCUGCCAUUGAUCU